CCAUUUUUAAUAAAAAACUAUAGCGCAGUUUUGUUACUCAUUUGUUCACAGUUAUAUAAAAAUUGCAACUAUUGUCUUGGGAAGAACAAGCAAAAGAAUGGUAAAUUAAAAAAAAAAAUGUUUUCUAAUGUUGGAUGUUGUUGGAAAAAGAAGCAAAACAUACUUGGAGCUGAAAUAAACCUUCGCUCUUCAAUUUACUCAAUAAUUUCAAAGGAUCAAACUGGUGAAGAUUCAGGUGAUCAUUGCAUAGAAAUUAAUGAAAAAGUUACUUGCAAAGGAUGGUUAGCAAAUGAUACUUCCAAAUUCAAAAUUUAUGAAGGUGUCAUUGAAUUGGCGUCUAGCAAAAUUGUAUUAGUUUGUGUUAUACAAUGUAUUGCAAAUAACUUUGUUAUUGGUUUUACUGAUAAUAUGUUAGACAAAAAAAACCCAUCAUUUGAUUACAGCAACGAGAAUCAUGUUAUCAAUAUUAAUAAAAUUGAUAAAGACCAGCUAUUUGAGGUAGUGACAAAAGAUGGUUAUUUUUUUUUGCGGCUAUAUCAUGACAAAACAAAAAUUGUGAAAUUCAACGAAAGUGGGGACGCUUUGCCAGCUAAUGACCUUGAGUGCAAUGCAAGUCUUUUCAGCAAAAGCGAAACAAAGUUUUAAAGAUCUAAAAACAAUUUUGAUUCAAAAAUCUAGAGUGAAAUUAUAAAAUUGGAUUGUUUUAUAAAUACAAUUUAUAUAUUGUUUAUAAAUAUAAUUAGAGCGUAAAAUGUUUUUAAUAACACAAUUAUGCAGCUUUAAUAUAAAGUACAUAAACUGAUUAACCUAA